UAUACUUGGAUUAAUAAAAGAUGUUAAACCCUAAUUCAUUUCUCUCAAAACCCUACAAAUUAUGAAUCACCAACGUUUAAUACUCAGUGGGUACCUCCUCCGACCACGGCGACCUAGCCGCCAUGACCACCACCGUUACCACACAAGCUCAAUCGUCUCAUCAAUCAACUGGGUCCGUGACAGAGCACUUGACCACGCCGUGGAAAAAGAAAGAGAUCUAAAACCCAUGAUCAACAUCAAAAACCUCUUAAUCUCAGAACCAUCAAAAUCUCUCCCAAUUUCAAUCAUUUCCGACAAGAAAACAUCCUUAGGUUUAUCAAACAUCAUUCGACCUAUCGAAUUCAUUCGAAAAUACCCUUCUGUUUUUCAAGAAUAUCUGCCAGGUGGAAUUGGUGUACACCCACAUGUCAAAUUAACGCAAGAAACACUUGACAUACAUUCCGAAGAAGACCAUUUUCUCGAUACGAAUGAACAAAAAAUCGACGUUUCGAAUCGACUUUUAAAGCUUUUAAUGUUGGGUAGAGUUAAUAAAUUGCCACUUGAUGUUAUUGAUAGAUUAAAAUGGGAUUUAGGGUUGCCUAAUGAUUAUAUAAAUACUAUUGUUCCGUGUUUUCCGGAUUAUUUUCAAGUUAGUAGUAGAGGAAAUGAGCUAGAAUUAGUUUGCUGGAAUAACGAAUUGGCGGUUUCGGUUAUGGAUGAGAAGAAAUUGAGUUCGUUUUCGUUGCAGUAUUCGCGUGGUUUUGAGAUGGAUAAUAAGUUUAAGAAAUGGGUUGAUGAUUGGCAGAAACUACCUUACGUUUCACCGUAUGAAAAUGCGAAGAGUUGUGAUGAAAAUGAGUCGGAUAAAUGGAUAGUCGGGUUAUUACAUGAGAUUUUGAAUAUAAUGGUACCUAUGAAGACGGAAAAGGAUAAUUUGUUGAUUCUUGGAGAAUGUUUGGGUGUUCGGUCGAGGUUUAAGAGGGCAUUGUUAGAACAUCCUGGGAUUUUUUAUGUUUCAAGUAAGUUGCAUACGCAUACGGUGGUUUUGAGAGAAGGGUAUAAGAGAGAUUUGUUGGUUGGAAAGCCGGUUCAUCCGUUGAUGUCUUUGAGGUCUGCGUAUAUUCAUUUGAUGAAUAUGGUUAAGAGGGAGGAGAAAAAUAAGUCUGAGGAGGUGGACGAUACGAAAGAUUCUAAUGAAGGGGAAGAAGAGGAUGAAGAUGAAUGGAGUGAAAAUGAGAGCGAAAAUGAACAAGAUUAUGAUGAUUCUGGACGUGACGAUGUUACUGAUGGUGAAAAGGAGAAUGACGUUGCUGAUGGAAGAGCGAAAAUGGAUCGUGAGGGGAAAAAUGAUGAUUCUGUAAAGAGAGGCAGGAGGCAAGAUGGUGAAAAUGGGAAUACACGGAUUAGAGGGAAACCAAGUAGGGAAAUGAAGUUUACUGAUUCGCCUAGAAGAAACACUCCAAAUGCAAGGAGUAGUGAGAAUGAUGGUAGGAGGAGAGGCGGAGGCAGAGGCAGGGAAAGAACUAGGAAGAAUGUGGUUAAUGAAAAGACGGAUUCAAGAAGUAAUCGGACGUCUGAUUCAAGAACCACUCGGACGUCUGAUUCAAGAACCUAUCAAAGGUCCGAUAGGAGAACAAAUCAGAUGUCUGAUAGUAGAACAAAUGAGAUGUCGGAUAGUAGAACAAAUCAGAUGUCUGAUAGAAGAUCCAAUCAGAUGUCUGAUAGAAGAACCAAUCAGAUGUCUGAUAGAAAAGAGAGACGGGAAACAAAUGGUCCAAGAGGUUUAAGAACAGAGGCUCCAGGUGCUCGAAGAGAUUUUGGCAGAGGAUCCAACAGAUCGGGUGCUUCAAGGACUAGGGAGUAGGGAGGGACGAUUCUAGGCUGUAGCUGUUUAAAACAUAUGGAAUAAGUUCUUUUACAGUAAUACUUUGGCUGGCUAUAUGUGCUCUCUCCAUGUGUUCAAUUUUGUGAUCAAGCUUUGUUUUAAAGAAUCGUAAUCAAAGAGCAGUUUUUAUAGUCAUUCAACUGAUCAUUUACUUCAAUUUAGUUCAGUUUCACCAAGCAACACCUUGCUUUUAUUAAUGGUGUGAUUAGUAUUACUUGUUGAUUAUGAUUGUGGUUACAAACUAGUACUAAAUUGGAUAUGUUUCAUGUAGCCUUUCCUCCAUGUACAUCAAACAAUAUAUCAGAAGCAGAUAAUAAAACGAGUUGUAUGAGAUUGCUAAAGAAGCUGAAACAAGAUGGAUUGACGAUAACAAUGUAGGUACGUUUCUGCUAAUAUGGCAAAUUGAGUGGGUCAACAUGGGUAACAAGCAUUAAGAGAAGAUUGAAAAGUUUAAGUGAUUCUGAUACAAAUGUAACAGAGCAUCGAUAGAAGGUUGCAAACUGCUUGUCUUUUCCAAGUUUCCAGUAAGUUGUAUCGAACCUUUGAUUGAACAUAACUAUAUAUAUAUAGUGUGUUUUUAUUA